CAUCUUUAGCUCGCAGCUAAGAGUUUAUAUUGUCUCUCUUGAGGACGAAGUCUCCUGUGUCAACGAGACCACCGGUAAAAAUACACGUUAAAAUAAUAACAUAAAUUAAGUUAAAAAAAAUUAUGUACAUAUAUAAAGACUUUUAGUUUGGCUCCUUGCCCGCUGGAAAAAGUUGAAAUCCAGUCUGAGUAGCGUAGUUUGUGCGGCACGCGUGCACGCGCACACCUCCAGAUGCACCGCGGGAGCGCGCUGUAGGCGCUGCGUCACGGAGAGGACACAUAACGGGACAGCCUGAGUGUCGGAGGUGGAGACAGAGACGGAGGACGUAGACACACACGGGGACACAGCCGAGAAAAAGGCCCCAAACCAUUGAUUCCUGCACAGUGUUGAGACAGAAGACCAAACACAGACAUGGUGUUCCGAGGCACAAUUCUAGAUGCUCCCGACUUCGAUCCCAGCGCUGACGCUGAGACUCUUUACAAUGCCAUGAAAGGCAUCGGUAGUGACAAGGACGCCAUUUUGGACCUGGUCACCUCAAGAAGCAACGCCCAGAGACAGGAUGUCAUUGCGGCGUACAAGUGCAACUUUGGGAAGGACCUGAUUGAAGACCUGAAGUAUGAGUUGACGGGGAAAUUUGAACGUCUCAUUGUCAGUCUGAUGAGAACUCCGGCCUACCACGACGCCAAAGAAAUCAACGAUGCGGUUAAAGGGAAUGGAACCAACGAGAGGUGUCUGAUUGAAGUCAUGGCAUCUAGAACCAACGCACAGAUGCACGACAUGGUGGCAGCCUACAAAGAUGCUUACGGCAGAGACAUGGAGGAGGACAUCAUCAUGGACACCUCAGGUCACUUCAAGAAGAUGCUGGUUGUUUUACUCCAGGGGACCAGAGAUGAGUCAGGGGUGGUUGAUGCCGACUUGGUGGAGCAGGACGCACAGGACCUGUACGCCGCAGGAGAGGAGCAGUGGGGGACGGACGAGGCCAAAUUCAUCAUGAUCCUGGGAAACCGCAGCGUGACCCACCUCCGCAUGGUCUUUGAUGCCUAUGAGAAAAUUGCUGAGAAGUCCAUUGAGGACAGCAUAAAGAGCGAGCUGUCGGGAGACUUCGAGAGGCUGAUGCUGGCUGUUGUGCAGUCCAUCAGGAGCGUUCCCAUGUUCUUCGCCAAGCGCCUCUACAAGUCCAUGAAGGGUCUGGGGACGGCGGACAACACCCUGAUUAGGAUCAUGAUUUGUCGUUCUGAAAUCGACAUGCUAGACAUUCGAGAGUAUUUCCGCCUCCAGUAUGAAAAGUCACUUUAUAACAUGAUUAAGGAUGACACAUCUGGGGAUUACAAGAGGACGCUGCUGAACUUGUGUGGAGGGGACGACGAUUUAGCCGGAGAGUUCUUCCCUGAAGCCGCUCAGCUAGCCUACAAGAUGUGGGAAUUAAGUUCCAUGACCAAAGUCCAGCUGAGGCCAACUGUUUGCCCGGCGUCUGAUUUCGACCCCGCUGCUGAUGCACAAGCUCUGAGGAAGGCCAUGAAGGGCUUUGGAACAGAUGAAGACACCAUCAUCGAAAUUGUUGCAAAGAGAAGCAACGCCCAGAGGCAGGAGAUUAGACAAGCCUUUAAGUCCUUACUGGGAAGGGAUCUGAUGAAGGACCUGAAAUCUGAACUGUCCAAGAACCUAGAACGGCUGAUCAUCGGCCUCAUGCUGACGCCGGCAGAGUUUGAUGCCAAAAUGAUGAGGAAGGCCAUGGAGGGUGCUGGGACUGACGAACACUCCCUCAUUGAGAUCCUGGCCACCAGGAGCAACGAAGAAAUACUGGCCAUGAAUGCUGCCUACCAAGAUGCCUAUAAGAAGUCUUUGGAGGAGGCCAUCGAAUCAGACACGUCCGGCCGCUUCUGUCGCAUCCUGGUGUCUCUUGUACAGGGUGCCAGAGAAGAAGGCCCUGCAGAUGCGGAACGAGCCGAAGCCGACGCCCAGGUGAUAUUACAGGAGUUUGUCAGAUACACCAAUAAGGACAUUGAACAAAUCAUCAAGAAAGAAAUGUCUGGGGACGUGAAAAACUCCUUCUAUGCCCUAGUUCGCAGCGUCAAGAACCAGCCUUCUUAUUUCGCUGACCGUUUGUACAAAGCCAUGAAGGGUCUCGGCACAGAUGACAGAGCACUGAUUCGCAUCAUGGUCUCCCGUAGCGAGAUUGACCUUUUCAACAUUCGCAAAGAGUUCAAGGAAACACAUGACGUCUCGCUCCACGAAUUCAUCCAGGUAGAAACUCUGAUCGGUGACACCUCGGGAGACUACCGUAAGACGCUGCUGAUUCUCUGCGGAGGUGAAGACUAAUCUGGAUUCUGAAGUCCAAAAGAUAAUCAACAUUUAACUGUGACAGUGAACAUCAGCGUCUACUCUUCUCAGCCAAAACUACUGUGUGACCUCCUCGCCCUCUCUGCGCUCACAUCGUACUCACUGAUGUUUGUUUUUCAUGUAUAAUUCAAGAUAUACAUAUUUCCCACUACCCAAGCAGUGCCUUUUAAGUUACCAAAUAAAUAUCUAUCAAUAACACAGCGACGUAGUCAAUGUCCUCUCUGUUAAUGUCUGUCGUUAAAUUUAAAUUUAUAUUAAAAACAUUUUUUACUCCUUUAACUCAUAAAUCAUAUUAAAUACUUGUAUAUUUCUGCUCAUUUAGUC